AUGCAACAUCAUCAGAACGCAUCAUUUAUUCGACAACCACGCCUUGUCGUCGUUUUAGCACUAUUCCAUAUUUUGUCACGACCAGUCACUGCCGCUGAUUAUAUGGAUUUCAGCUCGACGACCAAGUACUGUUACAGCUGUAUGUCUGAAGAUUUUCUAUUACAUUGGCCUUAUCUGGACGAGGUCUACUAUCGUCCGAUGAACUUCACGGACCACUGCUUCAAAAUUCCCGCAAAGGUGAAUAUUGGAAUGGCCCCGUGUAGUAACUCGAUGUGCGUUACGGUAAUUGAGCCAAGGAUACUGGCAGGUCAACAUAUUGGUAACAAUAUCAUUCGUGGAUGCUUUGCCAGCGUGUUCAAGUAUGGUGCGACGCCGCGAGCACAAAGUUCGCCAAUUCUUGGUCUAGCCUAG